AUGUCUCAUGAUGAAUUACCGGGUCUUGGCCAUUUCAAGCACGAAGCGGGUUCUGAGAUGAGCCAUCAGGCAUAUGGAGUGGAUGGGCCCCCUUCAGAUUCACACAUACUAUCAGCAAGCACUAGCGGUAGGUUUAAAUGUCCGCAUCCGGCUUGUGAUAAGUCAUUCACAAGACAGGAGCACCUGUCACGUCACAAGCUGAACCAUUGGCCUAAGGAAAUCUUCAAAUGCUCGUAUGUAUUCCCGAAUACUGGACUAGCUUGUAACAGAACUUUUGUGAGGAAAGAUUUACUUGCAAGACACGUAAAGAGGCAUACAAAGAUGGGUGGUCGACUUCAGAGUAACUCCACAUCGAUUGGGGACUUUCUCCCUAGAAGUCAGUCAACUAGUUCUAUAACGACUCCACCAACUACAGGUGCUGCUGGUUCAGCUCCUCCCAAUUUACUGCCCCCACAACACGUGCAGUUCACAAACUUCGGCCCAAGCUAUCAGUCACCCAUGAAUGAGAACCCUUCAGUCGCUCCGGACAGAAGUCAAAGCUCAUAUCAGAAUUUAAAUCGUCAGCAGGACUACUAUCCUACACAGAAUAAUAGCGAUUCGCGUAACAAAAAUAAUAAUGGACAGAAUGUAAACCAGUUUUUCAAUUGGUUAUUUGAAAACGGUAACGGAUCCACUGGGCAACCGCACAAUGGUUACGCAGCAAAUGAAAGAAAUCCAAUAAACGCGUCUUCGUUACCUACAACAGCAGCUGGGAUGCCAAACAAACAGCUUCCACAGCCAAAUAAUUCUCCAACAACCCAGUCCUUUAGUCCCAACUCCUAUCAAGUAUACGGUUUCGCUCAGAGCGGUAGUCCUCAGUCUCAACCGCAAGGUCCGCAACUUCCACAAGCUCCAAAAUCACAGCAAGGUCCUUCUGGAGCAGAGGCAUUAGCAACUCCUGCAAGUGUAACGAAGAUGCAAGAUUUAUUUUCCAUUGAUUUUCUCAGUAAUGAUCCAUUGCAAACUUUCAUGCAAGAAUUAGCAGAGACAAAAGCAACUUCUCAGGAUAAUAAUCUCUUUGAUAAGGAAAACAUCGGCUCAUCAUCGGUUUCACCGUCACUUUCAGAAUCUGCCCUCAAGAACAAUUCUAAAUUACAGAAAUUUAGCGCACGUCGUUGUAGUAUGAAAGACAACUUGUUAGUUCAAAAAUCAAACAUUGAUGAGCUACAAAAGCAAAUCGAAAAUGAUAAGAUUUCACAUCGUUACAAACAAAGGGUUUUGUUCUCGAUGAAAACGGUCCCGUCUUUUUUCCACGCCGAUCCAAAAACCAAAUACAAUUUCUCUCAAGAGAAAAGCGAAGAAUUAUAUGAUAUCAUCCCAGAGCUGCGAGAGGUUCCUAUGGACAACCUUAAGAAAUCGUUGCGUUCAUUUUGGUCCAACUUUCACACACAAUAUGGCCUUUUGCAUAAACCAUCAUUUCACAUUGAUGAACAACCACCUAUUUUGAUUUUAGCCAUGAUAAUGGUGGGGGCUUCUUUCCUUGAAAGUGAUUAUCGAGAGACUAUUAGUGAUAUUAUAUGUGCGCCACUAAGAUGGAUCUAUUUUUCUCAUGAUGACUUUCAACCACCUUCGAAGACGUACAUCAUACAGAGCCUUUUGCUGGUUGAAGGUUACGAAAAAACCUGUACCAAUAGAUACUUGCAUGAAAGAUCGUACCUUCAUCAUGGUACUACGAUUCAACUUCUAAGAAGAACACCAUCAUUAGGAGGGCAUCCCUUGAUACUGAAGACUGAAGAAAAACCCAACGGCUGGCAAGACCCCGAACAAGUAUAUCGCCAGUGGAUUGAUUUCGAAAUGUUGAAAAGGGUGGCAUUUUACGCGUUUUACAUGGACACAACACAUGCUGUUGUUUUCGGAUACCUUAACCUGUUUAUUAAUUGCAAUCAGAUCCAAUUGACUCUACCCUGUUCAGACAUAGUUUGGGAGUCAUACGACUUGAGUUGUGAGACGCUGCUGGAGUAUGGUUUUGAAAAAGAGCCUAAGACCUUUUUAUCUGCCCUCAAACAACUUAUGGGUGAGGCAGUCCAAACCUUGCAGAACGUUCGAAACCCUCUGACGAGACACCAGACCCAGGAACUUAAAAAUUGGGAUAUGAAAAGUACUUUGGGCAAAAAGGUACUGUUGGCAGGCAUAAUUUCAACAAUGUUCCAAUGCCAAGAGAGCAAUGAGGGCGACCUAUUUGCUACGACUAUCAAGUGCAAUCUAGGUAUGGGUAAUGAAAACAUGUCCUGGCAAGACAUUUUCUCAUUCGCUCUCGAUUAUUGGCUUUAUCAAAUACAAGGAAGCUGUACUGAGGCAAAUGACUGUUUUAUCGACUGUGCAAGAGGAACACUAAGCCGUGGACAAAGCCAAGAGCCAAACCUUCCUAAAUCUGACUACGUUAAUAGUAUGGGUGCAGACGUCAACACACUCGGCAGAAUCAAUGAUCCCGGUUGUAAAAUUCCCGAAUACCACAUGGCACAAGUUAUUUUGAGGAUAUUCCACUAUGACUAUUACAUUUACGGGGGUGCGCCCUGGAGGAUGAAUGUCAGAUCUGGAAUUGAAGAAUAUGACCUUGUCUCUAGAAGAAUUCUCCAAUUUGCAUCCGACACAAAGACUGGUAGUGUCGCAAUGGUUUAUGCUUAUCAGCUCUUGUUCGAAAUGUUCAUAGAUCGGGAAACGGAAACGGGGAGCGUAGCAAACAAGUCAUACAAUGUGAAUUCCGAUAACUGCAUCACAAGGCCAAAUACUAUUGCUUUGCUCGCACUGCUGGUAUGGUCUUACAACUUCGCCCUAUAUGGUCCGGAAACCUCGAUAUGGAUAAACCCAUCAGUAGAUGAUUCACAGAAGGAUUUACAAAUGCAAGAAACAGGCACUACUGAUGAUGCGGCGGCCUUAUCGAAUAAAAAGCUCAAAGAUGAAUAUAUUCCCAAGGAACCUUUUGAAGAAUAUCUGGCUAGAAUGUACCGGGUGCUGAAUGUCGAAACCUCUUCGACUGACCCUAUCUCGUACCAUCAUGAGAUACUUCGCAAGGCGCAGAUGCUGGCAAGUGUGCCAGGCACUAACCACCUUUGUGGAAUGAUGAAGUUCAUGAAAGAAAUCUUCGAGAACGGCUACUGGGAUUUAGGACGUGAGUUCGCCAAACUAUUUGAUAAUUGCUUUGAGCGGUGUCUAGGCAAGUCUUCUCCAACUUGUGAGAGUAUGUAUAAGGUAUGA